AUGUCUGCGGAUAUUCGCACAUUGACAAAACCAGAAUUAUUAUCUGAAACUGACUUAAUAGAAAUUUUAAGAAGUAGAUGCAUUGAACUACCAAAUAUAAAGAUGCUGAAAAGGUCAGAUUUGGUAGAAAUGUAUAGGAGGAUUGCACUUCCACUACCUCAAAGACGAUAUAAUGAGUCAAAGUAUUUAGGAAAAAAAUUGAACGACCUUAGAUUAACAAGGAAAAUUGCUGUUGCUAUUGAAGAAGAGCAAGCAUUAUAUGCAUCUUUCAUCUGUAGUCAAAAUAACACAAGUAUAAAAACAAACAGUGACAGGUGUAGAUCAUCUGAUGAAGAUUCUAACCCACUGCCAAAAAAAGCACGUUUAUCAAACUCCAACACAGGAACGAAUGGUUCACCUGAAAAUGGUUCUAGCACAACCACAAGUUAA